ACUGAAGAAACCAGCCGAGAGAGACGAUACAUUCUUGCUUUGCACUGAUUUGACCGCAAAUGAAUCCUGCAAAUUGAAGUUUCUUCUUCGUUGAUCCAACCAUUUCUCUCUUAUCUUCUUCCCUGAAAACCCUAGGAGCUCCUGAAUACAGUGAUUCUAUUCUCAACUGGAGCAUUUUAUCUGCACUUUUUUCCGGAAUCUAGAUCUAAGCUUACUGUAGAUUCUUUGGGUUUAGGGUGAUUGAUUGAAUUAUCCGGUAUGAAAGAAUCAAAACCGGUUAAGUUCAAUCUCCAUCAGCAUCAAGAUCACCAAAAUGGUCAUUUGGCCCCAUUCAAGCUCGCUAAAUUGUUCGAUCCAGAGGCCUCAUGGGACAAGGAUCAACUAGGAGAUGUUUUGCACUGGAUUCGACAAGCAGUGGCCGUUGUACUUGGACUGCUGUGGGGAUCCAUACCUUUGGUUGGAGGCAUUUGGUUUCUAAUUUUCCUGGCGAUAUCAACUAGCGUUGUAUAUGGAUACUAUGCAAUGAUAUUAAAAGUCGAUGAAGAAGAAUUUGGAGGUCAUGGAGCUCUCCUCCAAGAGGGCCUUUUUGCUUCUAUAACUCUCUUUCUGCUUGCUUGGAUUCUCGUAUACAGCUUGGCACACUUUUGAACAGCGAAGAAUGAUUUUGCAUCCAUGAAAUUACUUGAAAGAGGGAAAGAGGUUGCUAACUGCAAGGAUGCAACACGGUGCAUACUUCGACUAAGGAGGUGGGAGAUUCGAAUCUUUAAUAAGUUUUUUGUAACUAACUUUUGUCGGUUGAUUUGGCCUUGUAGAAUAAUGUUAUUGAUGAUAGUUCCACUUUUAUGUCUACAGUAGGAAAAAGGUUAGUCCCAUCCUUUUGUAUUCCAUAGUUUUCUUUAUUAGAAUCUUCUCUAGGCCUAUAGUUUUCUUUGCUUUAAUUCAACUGAAAGAUUUUAAGAUAAUAUUGACAGCAGUUUAUGUAUGUUAGGAAAAAUUGCAGAACAAGAUGAAACAAAGCCAGGUUUCCCAACUUAGAUGUGAAACCAUGUAAUCUUUAAGAACAUUUGAAUCACUCUCAAUCAAGCGAUUUUCCCGUUAUAAUAUUGGUU